AUGAGAAUAAGAAAAACAUGGUGUACGUUAUGUCGUGAAAAUUUCGAAGAGGGUGAUGAAUGUAUUCAGUGUAAACAAUGUAAGAAAAAGUUUCAUAGAGAAUGUUUACAAGCGGAAGGUUUAAUGGAUAAUGAUCAAUUAAAAGACAUAAAGAAUUAUGUAUGUUAUCAAUGUAUAAAUGAAGAUGAUGAUAUACCAGAGAAUGAAGAUCGAUGUAAAAUAUGUCGUGAGAAAUCAUCAAAUAUGAUUUUAUUAUUAUGUGAUGGAUGUCCAAAUAGUUACCAUGUUAGUUGUUUAGGUUUAGCAGCAGAACCAGAAUCCGAAAAAUGGUAUUGUCCUAUAUGUAAACCAGAUGAUCAUAAAAAUUUAGAUGUAAGAAGAAUGAGAAAAGGUUUUGUACUUGAUAAUAUGAAUGGAGAACAUGUAAAUUCAUCAACUUGUUAUGUGUGUCAAAGACCUGGUAAAUUAUUAGGUUGUGAUUUUUGUCCGAAUUCAUUUCAUCCAACAUGUUUACCAGAUUUAGAUUUUGAUAAUAUUUCUGAUCAGUGGGAAUGUCCUUGUUGUAAGAAUGAAGAUCCUUUAUUAAAUCAAGGACAUAAAAGGUGGACAAAAAAUGAAAUACAAGAAAUUAUGAAAAAAAGACAAAGAGAAUUAGGUUUCUGGAGAUCUAAAAUAAUAAAAUAUCGUAAUCGGUUUUUAUUAGCACAUCGUAAAGAUUUACAACCAUUUGUAAAUCCACGUGUAUUCUCUAAUUUAACUAAAACUUUUAAAAAUGAUUAUUUCAAUACAAAAAGUAGUAGUAGUAGUAGUAAUACUUAUAAUAAUAAUAAUAAUAAAAAAUCUAAUAAAUAUGAUAGUGAUAAAUAUAAUUCAAAAAAAGAUGUAGAUAUGGAUUCUAAAGAAUUCAAUGAAUUUAUUUCUUCUUUAGAAGAUGAAGCUCAUCAAAAUGCAUGUAAAUUUAUAGAAUCCGUUUUCUUAAGUGUUUAUUAUCCAAAUGGAAGAAAAAUUGAAAGAAGACCACUUGUAGAUAAUGUUCAAUUAAAACCACAUCAAGAAGAUGGAGUAGAAUGGUUAUUAAAAUCAUUUCUAACAGGAGGUGCAAUAUUAGCAGAUGAAAUGGGAUUAGGAAAAACUAUUCAAACAUUAUGUUUUUUAUCAUAUUUAAAAUGUAAUAAAAUAGAUGGUCCUCAUUUAAUUGUCGUACCUUUAUCAACAGUAGGAAAUUGGUUAAGAGAAAUUCAUAGAUUUACACCACAUUUGACCUGUAUUAAAAUAUGUGGUUCUAAAAAUGAAAGAACACAUGCAAAAGAAGAUCGACUAGCUGAGAAAGGAUUAUAUGAUUUAUAUGUAACUACCUACGAAACAGUCAAAAAUGAAGAAGAAUUUUUUGUAGAAACUAUACCUAAAUGGCAAUGUAUAGUAUUAGAUGAGGCACAUAGAAUUAAAAACCAAAGUGGUGCAAUCAGACAUUCAAUGGAUAGAGUAGUAGGAAAUAUGAGAUUAUUAUUAACAGGAACACCACUUCAAAAUAAUUCAGCAGAAUUAUUUACAUUAAUAAAUUUUAUGUUUCCUGAUAUAUUUAAAAAUUCAGAAAUAAUAGAACAAGCAUUUAUGAAUGCAUCACAAAAUAAUAAAAACAAAAAUAAUAAUAAUAAUAAUAAUGCAAAAGAUGAAAAAAAUAAUAAUAAUAAUGAUGAUGAUGAUGGUGGUGGUGGUAAUACAGGUAAUAAUUCAUCCAAGGUAAAUGUAAAUAUUGGAAAUAUAGAUCUAAAAUCAGCUAUAAAAGAAGAAGAUUUAAAAUCAAUACGUUGUUUAUUAGAUAAAAUUAUGUUGAGACGUUUAAAAGAACAAGCCAUUACACUUCCAAAAAAAAUAUUUCAUGAUGUGUGGUUACCAUUAGGUAGUUUAUCUGCACAUUGGUAUAAAAGAUUAUUAGAUAUAAGAUCUAUGGUUGAAGAAAAAGUUAGUGUAAAGAAAUUAUUAGGUUUAGUUAUAAAAAUGAGAAUUAUAUGUGGACAUCCAAAAGGUAUAGUAAGUAGACCAUCUCAAAUGGAAAAAUUAUUUGCAUUUUUUGAAGAAGAAAGUGAAGAUAUAAAAGAACAAGUAAAAAAUGAUGCCAUAAAAUUAAAAAAUAUAUCAGGUGAAGAACAUAUAGAAUCUUCAUCCAAGUUAAUUUUUAUUGAUAAAUUAUUAUGUCAAUUACAUUAUGAAAAUUGUAAAUAUGUUAAAAAUUAUGCAUCAAGUUUUGAAAAACAUAAAAAAGAAGUUGCUGCUUAUAAUUAUCAUAAAUUACAAGAACAAAAUAAUUCACAAAAAAAAAAAAGAGAACAUUCUGGAAAAUUCAAAAAAAUUGAAGCAUUAGAAAAUAGUCCCUUAUUUAUGGAAAUAUAUAAUAAGGGAAGAUUUGAUUUAAAACCUACAUCUGAAAAGGAGGACAUGUUAAAAAGUUUUAUGCAUCCAGUUCCUGUCGAUAAUGAUUGUCCUUAUAAGAAAAAGAGAUGUAUAUAUGAUAAGGUUCAAGAAUAUGUGAAGAAUAAUAGUAACAUAAAACAUAAGGGACGUUCUCGAUUAAUAUCUGAUAAUAAAAAGAAUAAUAAUAGUGAUGAUGAUGAAGGUGAUGAUUAUAAUGAUGAUGAUGAUAAUGAAGAUGACGAUAAUGAAGAUGAUGAAAAUGAUGAAGACGAUGAGGUGAAUUAUUAUAAUAAAAGAAAGGAUAAGAAGAAAAAGGUCAUAUCUGAUGAUGACGAUGAUGAUGAAAAUUCAAAUGACGACAAUAAAAGUGAAGAUAAUAAUAGUGAUGAUAACAAAAAUGUUUCUAAAAAUGAUAACAAUGGUAGUGAUAAUGAUAAUAAUAAUAAUAAUAUAAAUGAAGAUCAGAAUGAUGAUAACAUUUUCAAUCUUCAUGAUAGUUCCAAAAUAAAUAAUAAUAUAAAAGAAUUUUUAAAGAGCGAAAAAAUGGAAAUGUCAAACAAUACAGAUAAAAUAAAUGAAGAUUCAACUGUAGGUGUUACUGAUAAAGGAGAUAACAAACUGGAUGAUUUUGAUAUGUUAAAGAGAGAAGAAAAAGAAAAGCAUGAUGGUUAUAUAAAGGAAGAGGGAGAAGAGGAUGAAGAGGAAGAUAUGAUAACCCAUAAAAACAGUACACAAUUAAAUAUAGAUAAUAAUAAUAAUAAUAUAACAGAUAUAAAAUUACAAACAGAUGAAAAAAAAGUUGUUGUUAAUAUAAAAAAUGAAAUCAAUGAUAAUGAUGAGAGUGGUGAAAAGUUAGGUGAAGCAAAAAUGCAUAAAGUAUUAAUAUUUACCCAAUUUCAAUUAGUUUUAGAUGAAUUAGAAGAAUAUUGUAAAUAUAGAUGUUGGAAAUAUAUGAGAUUAGAUGGUUCAACAAAUAAAUUAAUUAGAGAAUUAGAUAUAAGAGAAUUUAAUUUAAGUGAUAGUAUAUAUUUUAUAUAUUUAAUAAGUACUAGAGCAGGUGGUUUGGGUAUUAAUUUAACAGCAGCAAAUCAUGUUAUAAUGUAUGAUGAGGAUUGGAAUCCAUUUAUAGAUUUACAAGCUAUAGAUAGAGCUCAUCGUAUAGGUCAAAAGAGAGAAGUAAAUGUCUGGAAGUUAAUGACAGAAUGGACUGUUGAAGAAAGAAUGGCAUUUAGAAGAGAACAAAAAUUGAAAUUAGAUAAAUUGGUUGUACAGACUCAAGAUGAUGAAGAUAUGUUAGAUAAUUUUGAAGAAAAAUUAUCAUCUGAUGAAAUAAGAAAAUUAAUGUUACAUGGUAAAGCAGCUAUACAAAAUAUGGAUGUUGAAAGUACAAAUAAUUUUCCUUUAGAAUUUUUUAUUGAGAGGGGUCGUCAAAAAUUACCUAUAAUAAAUGGUGUAGAUUUAGAAAGAGAGGAAAAAUGUGCAAUAGAAGAGGAAAUUAAUAAAAAAGAUGAUGACGACGAUAUAUUGGUUAGUAAGAAUGAUGAUGAGGAAGAUGAUGAUAAUAGUGUUGAUGGUAAAUAUAAUAACAAUGAUGAUGAUAAUGGUAUAGAUAUUGAUGAAGUUAUGAUGGAUGAAGCAGAAGAAUUAGAAACACGAAAUAAUAAUAAUAAUAAUAAUAAUAAUAUGCAUGAUGGAACUGGAGGAAGUGGUGAAAUGAUAAAUGGCCAAUUUGGUUCAAGCAACAACCAAAAUAACAACACCAACAAUAAUAAUAAUAAUAAUGAUAUUUCUUUAUGGAGAUCGGUGAGAGAAAGAAAGAAACCACAAAUAUUAUAUACUCCUGAAUAUUGGGGAAGAAAACAAGAAGUGAAACAAAUCAAACAUGAAUAUAGAUGUUUUAUAUGUAAUAAUACUAAGAAUCAUAAAGCUGUUGUUAAGGAUAGGAAUGGUAAUGAUAUUGAAAUAGAUUAUGGUGAUAUGAUUAAUUGUUUCAGAUGUCCUAAAACAUAUCAUAAAUUAUGUGAAGGAAUAAAAGAUGAAAAUGUAAAGAAAACAUGGACAUGUAGUUGGCAUGAAUGUUGUUUAUGCUUUCGUAAGUCAUCACAGUGUGGUAAUUUAUUAAUUCAUUGUGCUACUUGUCCCACAAGUUUUUGUUAUAAUUGCUUUCCUCCUGAUUAUGUAAGAUAUUAUGUAGGUGAAGAAUACUAUCACAAUUUAAGACAAAGGGGAGUUAAUUUUACACCACAAAACUGGGUAUGCUUUUUAUGUUCUAAAUGUAAAGCAGUAGAAGAACAGAAGAAGAGAAGAAAGAUGACCAAAGAAGAAAGAGAAAAUGAAAAACAACUACAGAAAGAAUUAAGAAGUCAAUUACAUGAUAGUAAACAAGAAGAAUUAGAAGCUAAGAAAAGAAAAAGAGCACAACAAUUAGAAAGAGAUAAAUUUAUUAUAGAAAAUAGGAAAAGAAUUGAUGCUUUAGAUCAACAAUAUGAAGAUCAAUUAAGAAAAGCAUAUGAAAAUGUAUUCCCUAAUAAUUUUGUAAAAGAAUUAGUUAAUAGAAUUGAACAUGCAAAAAUGUUAAAACAAAAAGGUAUUGUAGAAGAUAACAGUAAUAAUAAAGAGACGAAUAAAAAAAAAUCUACAACAUUUUUACAUACAAAAUUACCAAGCAAAUUAUUAGUAUUGUGUGAAAAUUGUAAAUUACCAUGUCAUGCUAAUUAUAAAUAUCCUGGUAAAUGUUGUUAUCCUCCUGAGUUAGACAAAUCCUAUUAUAUGUCUAAUACAUCUUUUAGUCAAAUGGGAAGAGAUGGGUUUGAAAAACGAGUAAGUGAAGGAAAGAAUGAUUCAUGUUUGUCACAUGUAAAUUUUCAAGACAAGGUAGCAGAUGAUAGCAAUGAUGUUAAAAAUAUUACUAAUAUGUUAGAUGCCAAUAAAAUGAGUAGUCCCCAUAAGGGAAGUGCCAAGUGUGAGCAAAAUGAGGGUUCUACAACACCUUCUAGAAAUGAUGGAAUAAAAAAAGAUAUAAUGAUCACAUCAACAAUGAAUAGUAAUAGUAAGUCUAAUGCAGGUGCAAUGUUAAAUAUAAAAAAUACAUCAACAGAUAGUAGCAACAAUAAUAAUAAUAAUAAUAAUAGUUAUUAUUUUAAUGAAAAUAAAGAAAAUUCACCAUGUAGUAAUAAAAAUAUGUCUAAAAAAGGAACAGAAUAUAACAAGAAUGAUGAUCAAGAUUAUAAUUUAAGUGGAAGUAAAGAUAAAAUGAAAGGUGUUGGUACAACAUUAUUAUCUGAUGGAAGUAUGAGAUUUGAUAAGGAUACACCUGAAAAUAAUAUGAAUGAUAAUAAUAUGAAUAAUAACCAUAAUAAUAAUGAUAAAGAUAGUCCACAGAAUAAUAAUAAUGAUAAUACUUCUAAAAAUAAAACGAGAAAAUUUUUAAGAGCUGUUUGUUCUAAAUGUGGUACAGUUCAAUUAGGUAAAUUAGCUCAUUUCAGAAAACAUUGUGAUAAAUUAACUGAAGAAGAAAAAAAAGAAUAUGAUGAGAAGAGAGAGAAAUUAAAAGAAUUAAUUAAUUUAUUAAAUAAGAAAAAAAUAAAAGAAGAACAUACCGAAGAAGAAUAUAAAAAUAUGUCUGUUUUUAAAUUUAAAAGUUUAUAUAGUAAUUAUCAAGAUAAAGCUGAUGAUAUAUUAGAAGAUUGUAUACGUUCAAUGAAAUGGGAUAUAUUAAUAGCUGAUAAAAAAAAAAUAAUAAAAAAAGAAAAAGAAAAAGAAAAUAAAAAAGUUUAUUCAAAAAAUGAUGAUGAUAAUAAAAAAAAUAAUAUGACCAGUAUGAGCUUAAAGGCAAAAUUGACACAUUUCUUAUCAAAUCAAUCUUUAACUAUAAAUUCGGAUUAUUCAGAUACAAAAGAUAUUAUAGAAAUAAGAAGUGAUUUAACAGAUGAAAUGAAAGAAAAAUUAAAUGAUGAAUUAUCUACUAUAAGUGGAAAAAGAAAAAAAUGUGUAGUAAAAAAUAUUAAAAAGGUUAAAAAAAAAAAAGGUAAUGAUGAUAAUAAUAAUGAUGAUGAAAAUAAUAAUAAUAAUAAAAGUAAUAAUAGUUCAUCCAAAAAAAAGGAUGAUAAAGAUUUAAAAAAAUUAAAUUUACUUAUUAAUCCAUUUCAUGAAAAGUUAAUAAAAGAUACACACAAUGCAAAUUUUAUAAGAGAUUCAUUUAAUGAAGAUUUUUUGAAUAAGGCAAAAGAAUUUUUAAGAGUAACCAAAAGUAAUUUAAUUAAUAACGGUAAUAAUAAUAAUAAUAAAAAUAAAAAAAGUAGUAGUAAUAAUAAAAAUAUUAAUAAAACUAGUAGUAAUACAAAAAAUAGUAGUAACACAAAAAGUAGUAGUAACACAAAAAGUAGUAGUAAUACAAAAAAUAAAAAUAAUAAAAAUAAUCCUAAUAAUUCCUUUUUAGAAAAUGCUACGACUGCAGAAGAUUUUCUUAGAGGUAUAACUACAGGUAAUAAUAAUAUUUUUAAUCUUGUUUCAUCAUCAAAUCCUCCCUUUGAUAAAAAUAAAAAAUUAAAAGAUGAUGAAUUUGAAAAAUCAAUUAUACAAAAUUAUCUAAAUAAAAUGAAGAAUUCUUUAAAAAAUUCAUCACAGUUAGAUAAAAAUAGUAUAAAGGAAAAAUUAAAAGAAUUAAAUUAUGUUAAUUCUAGAGCAAAUAGUAACUCAAAAAAUAAUAUGAAUAAUAAUAAUAAUAAUAGUAAUAAUAAUAAUAAUCAGCAUAAUAUUACUGCUCAGGAGAAUAGCCUCCGAUUUGCUAAAGAAAUUUUUAAAAAUGGUGCAUUCGAUAAGAAUGGUAAUUUUAAAUUGUAUACAAACAAAGGUAAUUUAAGUAAUACUAAUAAAGAUAUUGUUCAUCUUCUUAAAAGUAAUGAGCAAAUUGAAAAUAUGAAUACAAACUCAGGAUACUCAAUUAACGAUUUUAAUCUUGAUAUAUUCAAUAUUGAUAAAAAUAUUAAAUGUGAAGAUCUUGAAAAAAAAUUAUUAAAUUUAUGCGCAAGUACCAAUUUAAUGAACAAAAAAAAUAUGCAACAUGAUAAUAAUAAAAAAGAAGAUAACAAAAAUUAUAUGUUAGAUAGCAAAAAUAAAAAUAAACAAUUUUUAUUUAAAAAAGAUAAUACACAGCAACAAGAAACCUUCCUUUCAAAUACUCCAAAGUCAAAAAAGGAAUCUAGCAAUUCAAGAAAAAGGAUGGUAGAAGAAGUAAAUGUAGAUUAUGAUAUUAAAAAAAUUACAAAUACAUCAGAAAAUAGUGGUCCAAAUAAAGUCCAAGAAUAUAUUUUAUAUAGAAGAAAUUCAUCUAGUGUAAUACCCAAUGUAGGAAAUAAUAAUGAUAAAAACAAAAAUGUCAGGAAUGAUGACGAUGAUGAUGAUGAAGAAGAAGAUGAUGAAGAUGUAGAUGAUGACGAAGAUAAUAAUGAAGAUGAUAACGAAGAGGAAGAUGAUGAGGAGGAUGAUAAAAAUCAAAGUUCAACUUAUAAUAAUAAUAAGAAAAAAAAGACAAAUAAUACAAGUAGAAAUAGCAGUAAUAAUAAUAGUAAUAAAAAUAAAAAUAAUAAAAGUGGUAAUAAUAUUCAUCAAGCUAGUAACUUACUAUAUCAAAAUUUAUUAAAUAACCCGCAAAAUCUUUUACAGCAUUUAAAUUUGGAAGAUGUGAAGAAUUUCUUAAAAGCAGCAGACAGAAGUAAUAAUGAUAACGUACCAGAAAUUAACUAA